GAUACGAAGUUGUUUAGAUUUUGGUGCGAACGAAAUUGGUGAAAUUUUCCGCAGCAAAUAAGCGCUUCUGCUGAGGAAAGCAUUGAGAAUCGUAAGCUCGAGCAUGUCGGCACACGAUCAGAUGCGAGCGAUGCUCGACCAACUAAUGGGAACAGCUAGAAAUGGUGAAACCAAUCGGUACUCCGUGAAGUUCUACGACAGCAAAGUAUGUAAGAGUUUUUUAUUAGGCUGCUGCCCGCACGAGAUCCUCGCCUCGACGCGUAUGGAUCUUGGCGAAUGCCCAAAAGUGCACGAUCUUGCCCUGCGCGCCGACUACGAGAAUGCGUCCAAGAACAAGGACUACUAUUACGACGUUGAUGCCAUGGAACAUCUGCAGGCAUUCAUUGCUGACUGUGACCGUCGCACGGAGGCGGCCAAGAAGCGUUUGGCCGAAACACAGGAAGAGCUCACGGCAGAGGUGGCCGCCAAGGCGAACGCGGUCCACGAACUAGCGGAGGAAAUCGGUAAGAAACUAGCAAAGGCCGAAGCACUAGGUGAGGCGGGACAGGUAGAGGAGAGCAUGAAGCUGAUGUCGGAGAUUGAGGAAUUCCGCUCGAAGAAGAAUCGCGCCGAACAAGAGUAUCGCAGCUCCAUCCCGGCCAGCACCUACCAGCAGCAGAAGCUGCGCGUCUGCGAGGUUUGCUCGGCGUAUCUCGGCAUCCACGACAACGACAUCCGGUUGGCGGAUCACUUUGGUGGCAAGCUGCAUCUCGGCUUUCUGGCCAUCCGUGAAAAGUUGGCCGAGUUGGAGAAAACUGCCGGGCCGCGCCAAAAGGAGUUGCGCAAAACGGGUCGUGAUCGCGAUCACGAAGAUCGCAGCCGGUCACGUUAUGUCGGUGGCCGGGAGCUAGAUCGACGCUCUCGGGCUCUUGCUCGCAGCCGCGAACGAAAGGAUUCAACUCGCGAACAACGACCUACUGAAGAUCGUAAGGAAAAGAAUGAAGGCCGAGAUCGUGAGCAGCGCGACCGGCGGCGAUCGUCGGAUCGUAGUCGCCGUUCUCGAAGUCGCGAUCGUAGCCGCGAACGUGAUCGCCAUAACGAUCGCCGGCGCAGGUCGCGAUCGCGCGAGAGAUCCAGACGGUAAGCAUCUAUCAUACUGUAGACAUCCCCUUGAAGCAGGCACACGGAUACACGGUAGCAGUGACAACAUGGAGGCAACAUGAAGCAGUCUACGGGCAUCAACACCAUCCGGAUUGGAUAGCACAGAACCGUUCUUUGCUCCAGUGUUGGCAGUUAUUUGUAAGCAUAGACUAACAUUAUUCACUUGCCUAACCGUCAAUCUUAUUCUGCUGCACAAACUGCUGCAAUUGAGAAUAUCAUAAUUAGGGUCCUCUUUCGAAAAAAAGCAACUUUUCUUCACCGUGCGCAGUCCGUUGAAGGUCCGCACAAAACAUGUUUUACUGUAAUCACAGAAGCCAGCAAAUGAUUUUUCCCCGAAAUUUUGUAAAUGUAAAUUGCACCACCGAGAAUUAUCACACAUUUGCGAUCAAUUUUGCGGCAUCAAGUUCAAAAUAAAACAAGAGCACACUGGGUGAAGUGGCUGCAGCCCUUUGGCCUCCAUGUGGAACACCAUGCUAGAAUCGUCAAAUUUUGAUCAGAGCUAUACUGGAAUGGGAAAGUGCUUGGAGAGGAAUCACGUUGUACUCCUCUGAUUGCCACUGGCUACAUCAAACUCUGCAGUCAUAAGAACGUUUCUGCGGCUUCUUUUUAGCAUGACGGAGCACUGUUAUUGGCAUGAUUUUUUGGACAUGCUGGAAAAGUGUACACACAAAACGAACCCAUCUUGCAGUUCUGAUUCGCAUUUCUGCAUCCAUGGAAGGGUGGAAAAAAGACAAAAAAAAUUACCAAUUAUGGAAAGGUAAUCAGAACUAGUUAAGCAUUUAUUUUAUUUUUCAAAAACACAAAUCUCGGUCGAUUCCUAUACAGGUUUUGUAGAACGAUAGUUGAAAUAAAGUUGGUCUCUCGU